AUGUCAACAGCCCAAAGCUUUGGGGCUGCGGAGCGCUCUGCAAACGAUGGUGGGCCAAAGUGCACUCCGGCUGAGCUGCUGUUGAGGGUGGUUCUCGCCGGGACUUUGACUCACUAUGAGACUCGGGGUAUGAUUGAUGAUAAACGGUUAGAGCAUAUGUUGCUUUCUGGGAAGCAGAUUCUUUAUAAGAGCCAUCAGGAAAGCGAAGUAAGGCAGAAUCUGGGCUUUUCACCGGCGAUAUGGCAAGGCCUCACCGACGUCUUGAGCAAAGCCAUCCCCGUUCUCGAAACACAAUCGUUGGCGGCUCCCGGAAACUGCGAAGAAUCGUCCUCCAACCUCAUAGCGUAUAACUACUUCUCGCUGGUAAAGGAUAUUGAACGGUUGAACGAUCUUUGUACAAUUGCGCGCAAUCUACUUGCGACGACGAAGAAGGCACAAAACUUGGCUGCUGAGAAGGGUUUUGAUCAAAGAAUCUUGCUGCUAAUUGACACAUGCGUCAGAGUUACUGCCAGAGGCUACGAUGGCGAAAGCAACGCUAGAAAUGAAGAAAGAUGGCAAAAAGUUGUUAAUCUCUACAAACGGCUACUAAUCACUUGCCUCCAGUUCCUCCAUAAUUUUAUCAUGCAUAACGAACAUCGGAAACUUGUGUUGUGGCUUGAUCUCUUUGGUUAUCAUCAAAAUGGCGAGUCAAGUAUAAUAACACCUAUGGAGCAGCCGUUGGAUGCUGGCGGCUCCCCCCCACAAGGUGUAGCACCAGUUGUAAGAGCGGGGGUACGACUUGUUAGUCCACCCUUGCGCACGAUCUACAACCGAAACGCGGAGGAUAUGUUGCUAGAAACGAUUUCAACUUUUCCCAGAGAACCGGCAUCGUCGAAAGAGGAAGCGGCUAUGAUGUUACUGGCCAACGUAAAGGAUCACAUGGAGAAGCUUCUGGGCCGGAAUCUUAAAGAAAUCCAACAGAUGGGUAAGGAUCCAGACCGAGUGACAGAAAUCCGUGCUGCGCUUACUGCAAUUUUGUCAGCCAAAAUGGAAGGCUGGGCAGAUUUGAAGGACCGAUUCCGUGAAGAUGGAACCGCCCUCGUCGAAGAGGAGCCGACCAGGAAAAAGGCGAUUCUCAGCAUCGAUCGGAGUGCUACGACGGGUUAUCCACGGACGUGUUGGACCGAUUUGCCAGAUUUAAAGGAAUACGGCGCCAUAGCCGCGGUCGACGCACCAGUUACCGCUCAAGACACCGCAAUGUCGCGAUCCCCCCAGUCAGCUGCAGAGACCUUACAGGAAGCGAAAGACGAGUUGAUGGCUAGACUUCAAGAGCCCUCGCCUAUCAUGGCCAACGGGGAGUUACAUUACGAGUCGAUGGAUGGUAAUGGUAUUCCACCAGAUGAUGACUCGCGUAGCCUAGAGGCGGCGGCAGAUGGCAGCGUUGACGAGGAAGAAGAUGACGAGGAUGAUGACGACGAUUAUACAGGUCGACCUGGGGACCAGCAACGUGGCUUACUCACAGAUAUUCCUCUCGUCCUAGGCCCUGCGGAAAUCGAGGCUCUGCCGAUGAUUAUCCAAGCAGGUAUUGUUGAUAGUUUCGGCCUUAAGGGUGGAGAACGAUCGGGGAAUAAAAAUAUGCAGGCGGUCCGCUGCCAUAUCCUUCUUACCCAGGAGACUGGUAGAAACCUUCUCCGCGAGCUAUUGAUUUUCAUUGCCGCCUGGGACCUUCCAGAUGAGGAAUUUUACUUUAAGAUGAUGGUUCAAAUCAUGGAAGCUGUGCUUAAGAAUGGUUUGAUGUCUCAUGCUUAUUCGGAUUUCGGGCAAGCAAAGGACAUCAUCUCGCCCGCCCAGGCUGUAGUAAUUAAAAUCCUCACGCACAUUUUCCGCGCUAAGUAUUCACCUCCUAAUAUCACCUCAGCAACUGAGACACCCACUGGCAGAAGCUCUGUCCCCGUCACAAAGGUUGAUGUGUUUACAGUUCGCUACAUCUUUACCGUAUUCCGGGGCAACAUUAUCCCUGAAACUUGUGCUCUGAUUUAUCUCCAAGGUCAAAUCCGCGCGGGCCAUGCACGUCCUGAGGACUUUCCACUAAACCUUUGGGACAUGGAACGUGUGUAUGAAGGAGUUUACCAGUUUCUGGAAUUCUUCGCCGUCCUCACAGAAAACACCGGCUGGAAAAACCUUCUUGUCCAGUGGGAGAUUGUGUACGAUCUGACUACCCUUCUCAAAGAGUUGGAGGGAAGUAUACCUAAAGGAUCACUGAGCUCCAUCAAUUCCGCCGCCACUGCAGCUUCACGUGCUGCUACCCAAUCGCCAAAAGAUGCAACAGCGGCGCAAGGUGCAAGCAACGUUCCUGUUGCGGUCGAACGACCGUACGAUCCGAACGAUCAAGAACCGGCUGAUGCGGCAACUGUCAGCCCAGGAUCCAGAGCCCACUCUCCUCCCGUAGGCAAUGACGACCCAUCCGACUUUGAGUGGCGCAACUUAAAGAAGCUGGUAGUUCUCGUCCUCUCCUCGCUCGUAUGGCAAUGCCCGGAAGUCCAAAACCAGAUCCGCAAGUACGGCGGUUUAGAGACUAUUCUGGCGUGCACGAAUUUCGACGCGCAUAACCCGUACAUCAAAGAACAUGCGGUGCUAUGUCUGAAGUUUUUGCUCGAGGGUAAUCGCGAAAAUCAAAAGGUGAUUGAGGAACUGGAAGCGAGAGAGGUUGUUAGUGAUGAAGGUGGGGUUCUGGAACAAAAAGGAUAUGAAGCGGUGAUCAACGAAGGGAAGCUGGCGAUUCGGACGAAAAGGGAUGCGUAG